AUGAAUGGAUAUAAUGAGAAAGGUCAUAUUUUGGUAACAGGUGGUGCUGGAUAUAUUGGUUCCACGUUGGUGCCAAUGCUGUUGUCCUCUGGUUAUGAAGUCACUGUAUUUGAGAAGUUCUUAUGGGGAAUAUCACCAUUACUGCCAGUAGCAGCACAUCCAAAAUUACACAUAGUUCGAGGUGACAUCUGUAAUAAAGAAGAACUUGCCCCUAUGAUGAAAGGAAAGUUCGCGAUCAUUCAUUUAGCAGCCAUUGUUGGUUACCCUGCCUGUGAUAAAGACGGAGACAAGGCUACAAAUACUAACGUUGAUGGUACAAAUAACAUUAUACAACUCUUAUCUCCCGACCAGAGAAUCAUCUAUGCAAGUACUGGUUCGUGUUAUGGUGCUGUUGAUGGACUAUGUACAGAAAAGACGCAGAUCAGUCCGUUAUCGUUGUAUGGAAAGAGUAAAGCUGGUGGAGAGAAACUUGUACUGGAAGCUGGUGGUGUAGCACUCAGAUUAGCCACUGUCUUUGGUGUGUCUCCUCGUUUCCGCCUGGAUCUUCUUGUUAACGAUCUCACAUACAAGGCCUUAACCAUUAGAAGUUUUGAUUUAUAUGAAGGUCAUUUUAGAAGAACAUUCUUGCACGUUAAAGACGCUGCAAAAGCCUUUAUAUUUGCCAUGGAGAAUUAUAAAUUGAUGAAAGGGGAAGCUUUUAAUGUUGGGGACGAAAACAUGAACUUCACGAAAGAACAAGUGGCUCGAAUUAUUCAGGCCAAAGUUCCUGAAUGUGAAAUUUAUAUUUCGACUACAGGCGAAGAUAAAGACAAGCGUGAUUAUGAGGUAUGCUAUGACAAAAUUCGAAAACUGGGCUUCAGAUCUACGAUAUCUGUUGAAGACGGUGUGACAGAAUGCAUCAAAAUACUCCCAUUUUUACAAGAGAGUGAACUGAAAAAGUGUAAAAACAUUUAA